AUGCCAGUUAUAAAUCAUCAAGAGCCUAAACAAAUGCCAAUUGUAAAUCAUCAAGAGCCUAAACAAAUGCCAAUUGUAAAUUAUCAAGAGUCUAGACAAAUGCCAGUUGUAAAUCAUCAAGAUCCUACACAAAUGCCAAUUGUAAAUUAUCAAGAGCCUAGACAUAUGCCAAUUGUAAAUUAUCAAGAUCCUACACAAAUGCCAAUUAUAAAUCAUCAAGAUCCUACACAAAUGCCAAUUGUAAAUUAUCAAGAGCCUAGACAUAUGCCAAUUGUAAAUUAUCAAGAUCCUACACAAAUGCCAAUUAUAAAUCAUCAAGAUCCUAGACAAAUGUUAGAUUUAGAAAAACAUGAUGAAGAGUUACGGAAAAAAUUUACUCGAAUGUGGCCAGCAGCAAUAAUAUUGGGAUGGACAAUGAGACAAUAUGACGAACAAGGUUCUACGCGAUGGAAAGUUAUUGUGCCUGAGGGUGAUUACAGAUCGUCCUGGGCAGGCAAAGCACAUUAUUUUACCUAUGAUGGAAAACAAAUUGAAGUGCCAGACCAUUUCUUUCGUGAUGAACAAAUCCUAGCUCGAUCACAGCAAUAUUAA